AUGGAUUCAAAAUCAUCAAAAAAUAACAAUAAUAAUUAUAAUAAUAAUAAUAGUAAUAAUAAUAAUAAUAAUAAUGACAAUAUAACAAAUCAUGAAACACCAAUCAUAUAUUCUCCAACAUUGCCCCAAUCUCAACCUACAACUGCAACUUCAGCAUCAACUUCAUCAAGACCACGUCAUCAUCGUUUAAGUAUAUCUCAUGAAGAAUUAAAUUUAGGAUUAGUAGAUCCAGGAACUAUAAAGAUUGAUUGUUCUGGAGCAUAUAUUGCAAAUGAUGAUUUGUUGAAAAAUUCCUUACUUGAAAUUGAAGAAUUGACUUCAAGUGAAUCACCAUCACCCAGUCCCAGUCCUUCACCAUCAUCAUCAUCAAAUAACUCAAGUGAUUUAGAAGAAGAAACAGCUACAGAAAUGAGUACAACUAAUUCAACAUCACGUAAUGGAUUAAUUAAGAAAAACAACAUAAAUUUACCAAAACAUAAUGAUGAAAUAAUUCACAUAUCAGUAGAUAUAGGAGGAACAUUAACUAAAUUGGUAUAUUUCACAAAACAAUCAAGUAGUAAGAGUUCUGGUGGUGGUAAAUUACAUUUUCAGGAUUUUCAAACUGAAAAUUUCCAAAAAGAUGUAUUAAAAUUCAUGAUUAAACUCAUAAACAAAAGCAUAUCUAACCAUAAGAAAAAAGAACUGUCGUCCUCAUUACCCAUUACUUAUAUUUUGGCCACUGGUGGUGGUGCUCAUAAGUUUUAUAACCUAAUGACUAAAGUAUUCAAAAAAAAUAAAUUACCAAUGAAAAUUAUAGCCAAAGAUGAAAUGGAGUGUCUUAUAAAAGGUUUAGAUUGGUUAAUUACAAAGAUCCCCCAAGAAAUAUUCAUAUAUGAUUUAAAUCAAUUAAUGACAAAGUUUCAACCAUUACAACUCGAAUCAGAAAUUUAUCCAUAUCUACUUGUAAAUAUUGGUUCUGGUGUUUCAAUGAUUAAAGUUACAAAACCUGGUCCAUUUGGAUUUGAAAGAAUUGGUGGGAGUUCACUUGGUGGUGGUACUUUAUGGGGUUUAUUAAGUUUAUUAACUAAUGCUAAAGAUUAUAAUGAAAUGUUGGAAAUGGCUUCAAAUGGAAACAAUGAAAAUAUCGAUUUAUUAGUGGGAGAUAUAUAUGGAACCAAUUAUAAUAAAAUUGGACUUAAGGCUAAUCAUAUAGCUUCAAGUUUUGCCAAGGUAUUUAAAAAGUUACGAUUUUCAAAUAAAACAUUAACACCACUUGAGAAAUUAAAACUAUUCAAUCAAGAAGAUAUUGCUAGAAGUAUAUUAUUUUCAAUUUCGAAUAAUAUUGGACAAAUUGCUUAUUUACAUGCAGAAAAGUACAAUUUAAAACGUAUUUAUUUUGGUGGGAGUUAUAUAUCUGGCCAUAUGCAAACUAUACACACUUUAUCUUAUGCUGUUAAUUUUUGGUCGAAAGGUGAUAUGCAAAGUUAUUUUUUAAGACAUGAAGGUUAUUUAGGAAGUGUUGGUGCUUUUAUGAUGGGUCCAGCAGUUGAAGAAGAAGUUAUACAAUAA